AUGACCGUCGACAACGCAGAGUCCAACCCCCCGCCAUUCGAGGCGGUCAACGCUGUUGAACUCGUCUCUGAGACAGAUAGCAAGAUUACAGGCGUCUCUGUGUAUUCGCAGCGCGCGGAAGUCACCCGUGUGUUCAAGUUUGAGGUGAAGACCGGCCAGAACCAGGUCACCAUUUCCGGACUUCCCUCUGCUAUGGACCAGGAGUCCUUCCGAGUCGAAGGACGAGGUUCAGCUACUAUCCACGACGUGACCAUCUCCCACAACCCAGCUCCUCCGGCACCCAAGUCUUCCGCCAAACUCGACGAACUCGAGGCCCAGAUGCUCAAGACUACAAAGGCCCUCACGCGCGCCCAUAAUGCCAUUGCCUCCCUCGAAACCUACAUGAACAGUGUCAAAGCCGAGCACAUCGACGUUUCCAAACUGCAAACCAUCGUUGACCACUACGACACUACGGCUGAAAAACUCGAUGACAAGAUCACUGAACUGAACGCGCGGAAGAAACGGUUGCAAGAGGGAAUCGAAGAGGAGAAGAAAGUGUUGUCGGGCCCCCAGCAAAACGAGAAGCUCGCACUCAAGGCUGUGAUCGGUGUGUUUGCCAACUUGGAAGGGGAAGUCGAGAUUACCUUGAUUUACGCUGUGAGGAACGCUACCUGGUCGGCCGUGUAUGAUAUUCGAGUCGAUAUGGACACCAAAGAGAAGCCCGUUACCCUCAUCUACAAGGGAGCCAUCACCCAAAAUACCGGAGAGGACUGGAAUGACGUUCCUCUGAGCCUUGAAACAGCAGCUCCCACAUUCGGCGUCGGAAUACCCUCGCUUUCCACCUGGACGAUAUCGGUCUACAGGCCCACAGCCCCCAUUUACCGUAAAACCAGAAGCGGACUCGCCACACCCAGAAGGUCUCGCAAAGAGAGUGCCGCCCCCAGCGAGACAUGGGCACCUUCAGAGUCCUGCGUGUUGGAAGGGUCACAUGGUCCCGUAAUCGAGGAUUCGUAUACUCCAAUGACUCUUGAAAGCAUCCAACAUCGCAACCUGGAGGUCUCGAGCAAAGGGAAUAUCUCCGCUACCUUCAGCGUCCCCGGUCUCAUGACUAUCCCGAGCGACAACGUCGCGCACAACGUGACGAUCGUCAAAUUGGAGCUCGAUGCUGACAUGGAAUGGGUGUCUGUUCCCAAACGCGAGACUAAAGCUGUGGUCAAGAACACGUCGGGAUAUACCCUCCUACAGGGCCCGGCAAGCGUCUACGUAGACGGUAGCUUCAUUUCUCGCUCAAAUGUCCCGCCUGUUAGCCCUGACGAGACCUUCGACUGUCCUCUCGGCCUCGACCCGUCCAUCCGCAUCACCUACCCUGCACUGGCCAAGAAGACCGCUCAAAGCGGAUUCAUGUCCAAGUCCCGCGUAUAUAACUACACCCAACGCAUCAUCCUGCACAACACCAAAUCAUCAGCAGUCACCAACGUAAAAAUCAUUGAUCAAAUCCCCGUCUCGGAGGACUCCACCAUCGCAGUCAAACUCCUCUCUCCCAGCCUCCACCUCCCCGACAAAUCUACUGGGGCAGGUAACGCGGCCAGUAAGCUCAUCCCAGGUCAGACGGUGGAGAACAAGUUGGGCGUCAAAGUCCCGGCACCUGUUAGUGUCGCGAAGGGUGUUACAGCGCAGUGGGAGGGUGUGGAUGAAGUUGGAAGCGAGGCUGAUCUGGAUGACCUGGGUGGGGAUGGAAAGCUGGCGUGGAACUGCACGAUACCUGCCCAAGGGAAACUUAAUCUGACGCUCCAGUGGGAAGUAUCGGCCCCGUUGAAGACGCCGAUUUCGGGCUUGUGA